AUGCGGGCCAACGUUCCCCGUCUCUCCAUCGCCGUGGCAGUGUCGGCGCCGCUGGCGGCGUCGCUGCUGGUCGCGCCGGAUUCACCAUGCUCCAAAUUCUGCGGCAAUGUCCUCUCGUCGAUCUCCAGGGAAGAGAUGCCCUGCGAUAGCGGCAGCCUCACAAGAUCCUCAAAGGGCCUAGUUUGGGAGCAGUGUGUCGACUGUUUGCUUACAAGCACUCAUGUCUCCGGGAACGAGACGGAUCUCCAAUGGUUACUUUACAACCUGCGGUUCAAUAUGGGAUAUUGCCUGUUUGAUUCGGGUCCCAACAACCCAUGCGUUACGAGAACGGCAUGUGGUGAGCUAGAGGACGCAAUCAAAUACCAGAACUUCAGCACUACGGUUGGCGUUUACGACUAUUGCAGGAAUUGGGAAGCGGAUUUUGUCCCAAAGUGCUCGACUUGCCUCGACGUCCUUGACGAUGGCCAGUAUCUGAUCAACUACAUGACGGUUCUUGAAGCAGCAUGCGAGCAAAAGCCCUCGACCGGUUCGACAGUUUCUAUUCAGGGUGAUCUGUUUGGCUCCGAGGACGUUGUGAUCGUGCCGCCACAGCCUGCCUACGCGUCAGUGCCGAGUACCGACUACGGUCCCAUCUCCCUCGGCGGGCGGGUCGGCAUCGCCUUUGGCGGUUUCGCCUUUCUCCUGGCCGUGGCUGGUUUCUGCAUCGUAUGCAACGGCAAGCGGAAGCGGCGGGCAUUUCUGCGCGACCUCCAGCGCCGCCAUGAGGCCCAGGGCUGGCCGCAUCCCUCGACCCGCUACGGCGGCGGUGGCAGCGACAUGUUCGAGACUCCAGUCAGCCAAAAGCCCCUGCGCGGCUGGGAGACCGAGAGCCCUGUUAGCGCGCAUACGGACGGGGCUUUCCCUCGAUACUUCAGCCCCUACUCAAGCCAGUACAACAGCCCCGUAUCACCCGGCAGUGCCGGUCCCGUCGCGGCGAACUGGCCGUCGCUGCCGACCCAACAGCAGUUUGGGGAUCUGAUACAGCAGCAAUCACCCGUGCACGGCUCGCCCCCGCCGGCAUUCACGCAGUGGCCCACAGUAGGGCAGGAGAAGCUCCUCAUGCAGCAGCAAAUGCAAUACGACAAGAGGCAACAACAGGAUGUGAUAGGGGUGGCGCUAGGCGGCGACGAGGCGAGAUCGCCGUACCAGAUGCUGAACCAUAAUGGAUAUCCGGUCGACUCCAAGGGCAAGGAGCGAGGCGAAGAGUACGAGAUGGACAGCCCUUACAGCAGUAAAGGCAACACCGGCACCCUGGACCGAGACUACAGGUACCCGAUGCCGACCGAGCCGCGGGCACCGGUGCUGCAUCACCCGGGUUACGGGAGGCAUCAUCGUAUGACGGCCGCAGGAGUCGGCGAGGGCGUGGGAGAUGAUGAGUAUACGAUCAAGCCACAGAACACGGUGCCGGCGCUCGACACGAGCACCUGGCCGCUGUUGCUGAAGAAUUAUGAUAAGAUGCUUGUGCGGUCGGGACAUUUCACACCGAUUCCCAAUGGCUCUGCGCCGCACAAGCGCGACAUCAAGUCAUACGUCUCGAGCGGUGUCAUAAAUCUGGAUAAACCGUCAAACCCUUCGUCCCACGAAGUCGUCGCCUGGCUCAAGCGAAUUCUGCGCGUCGAGAAAACUGGUCAUUCCGGUACCUUGGACCCAAAGGUCACCGGCUGUUUGAUUGUCUGCAUUGACCGCGCCACGAGACUCGUCAAAGCCCAGCAGGGCGCGGGCAAGGAAUAUGUCUGCGUCAUCCGAAUGCACGAUACCGUUGCCGGCGGCGAGGCUGCUUUUGCCAAGGCCCUCGAGACGCUGACCGGCGCGCUCUUCCAGCGCCCGCCGCUCAUUUCGGCCGUCAAGCGCCAGCUCCGUAUCCGUACGAUCCAUGAGAGCAAGCUGAUCGAAUUCGAUAACGACCGCCACCUGGGUGUCUUCUGGGUGUCGUGCGAGGCCGGUACUUAUAUCCGUACACUCUGCGUGCACCUGGGUUUGUUGCUUGGUGUCGGUGCCCACAUGCAGGAGCUGCGCCGCGUACGCAGCGGUGUCAUGUCGGAGGACGAUGGACACAUGGUCACGUUGCACGACGUUCUCGACGCUCAGUGGCAGUACGACAAUGGCGGCGACGAGUCGUACCUGCGCAAGGUCAUCCAGCCCCUCGAGACGCUGCUUUGCACGUACAAGCGGCUCGUCGUCAAAGACUCGGCUGUCAAUGCAGUCUGCUACGGAGCAAAGUUAAUGCUGCCUGGUCUGCUCCGAUACGAUCCUGGCAUUGAGACCCAUGAGGAAGUUGUUCUCAUGACUACCAAGGGUGAAGCUAUUGCCAUUGGCAUUGCACAGAUGAGCACCGUCGAGAUGUCUACAUGUGACCAUGGUGUUGUUGCAAAGGUCAAGCGUUGCAUCAUGGAACGCGAUCUGUACCCCCGCCGCUGGGGCCUGGGUCCCGUGGCGCUUGAGAAGAAGAAGCUCAAGGCAAAUGGCAAGCUUGACAAGUAUGGCCGGCCCAACGAAGCCACUCCGGCCCAGUGGACCCAGGGUUACACAGAUUACACCGCCCCGGCCGGCUCGGCCGCGCCAGCCUCCCCUGAUAAGAAGGUCGAGGGCGCCGAGGUGACAUCCGAGGAGCAACCCGAGCCCAAGGAGGAGGUGAAGCCAGAGGAGGAAAAGAAGAAACGCAAGAAGCAUGAGGGCGAGACCGCCGAGGAGAAGGCGGAGCGCAAGCGUCUCAAGAAGGAGAAGAAAGCGGCGAAGAAGGCAGAGAAGGGGGAGGCGGAUGACAGCGACUAA